AAUGUCAAUUUGAGUGUUGAGGUUAUCGCCAUGUUUCUGAAAAAAACCUAACGUUUCCCUUUAUUAAUAAAUGAAAAUUUUAAAUUGUAUAUAAUUAAAAAAAUGUCAUUUAAAAUUGUUAGUACAUCGCGGUUUCCCCAGAAUCCUUUUCCCUCUGUACCGGCGCCGCUGGAAAAUCCCGCCGAAAAUGGGGACCAAGAUUUCCCAAUAAUUGGGGGAAUUUUCCCUGAUUUCCAACACAUGUGGCAUGCGAAAGGACCUUGCUUAGAAGUGCGCAAUAUAACCCCAGGCCAUAAAGUGGGUUGUUGGACCUUUGGAAAACUAUUAAAAGACAAUGGAGUCACUAUAGCUGGAGUGCAAGAAUUAAGACGAAAUCGAGGUAACCUCUCUUUGCAGGUUGUAGCCGUGAAUAGUCCCCUUACAGGCGGGCAAAUUUGUAUAUUUGACCCUUAUGGUUCAAAAGUUUUGAGGGUCAUACAGUUGGGAGAGCAAAUAACAAGCAUUUAUGUGGUUGAUCAUGGAUGUGAAACUUCUAGUUUACCUGAGUUGAGUCCUUUGAAGUAUUUCGAUGGGAUUUUGGCUGUUGGUACUGUUGGGGCUACCGUUUUUCUUAUGGAUCUUUGUAAACAAAUUGCAGAAGAAGCAAUUCAUAAAUGGGACUCAAAAAACAGGAAUGAAUUAAAUCCCUGUCCAGUAGUAAUCUUAAAAAAAGAAAAACUGGGAGACAUAAAAAAAUACAUAGAAAAGUAUGUGGAUUCCCAUCUUGCCCUAUGUUUGAAUGAAUCACUUGAUUCCCAAAAGGAGUAUUUUUCACUUAAAGGCGAAGAAGGGGACGACAGGGUGUGCGUAAACCGGAUCGAAGCGGAAGUGAGCGCCCUCUUAUACUCACAACAACUCGGUUCCCUUUUAAUCGGUUACAAUUUUGGGGCCUUUCAGUUGUGGGACUUAAGCUUAAUUGAAAUUUGCUACACUUCUCCUAUUUGUGACGGAAACAUUCCGGUGACCCAUUUUACCGUUCAAGAGCCUGCUGAUGAUCCCAAGUCUUACUGUUACGUCUGGGUUGCUUACAGCCACUCCUUUUUUUUACAACCUGGCUUACCUUAUGCUGUUAUGUACUCCUUUUUGUAUAGUAACAAGAGGUAUUUAAACGGAUUCGGCAACGUUUAUGAGAAUUUUCAGCAUUGCACGCUGAGGUUUCAAAUCGAGCUGGGAGGCACCGAGGGGUCUUCUCUAGACAGUAAAGUGAAAGGGGGGCUCUGUUUAGGUUUGCAGUCUGUAACAAAACACCCUUUAAAUAAAGAUUUGAGCACUAUGGCCCUAUGUCUUGUGUCCUGGUUGUUUUGGAAUGCCGAAGGGGAGGCUAACACUGCUGUCCUACUGUUCGACUUGAAUCAGUGGUAUAAAGAGCAAAUGCCUAGGGUGCCCAACUGGUUACACUGCUCAAACUACAUGAUAAGACAGAGUGUAAAAGAAGUGAUUUUAGAUGUAAAAAUGGAUCCGAGGACACUUAUACAAUUUAUGGGGAUUCAAAGGUGUGAGGAGCACUUUUGCCCAACCGCACUCUCGUUUGAUCUCUGGGGAAUAACGGAGGACAGCGUAUUAAAAAUCCACAAUAAGGGCGUGCAAAAGAACUUUUUGGACCAACUGGCACACGACGGGCAUUUGGCUUUAAUAAAACCGGACGUUUAUAUGAAUCACGUAGUUGAUUUGGGUUUGGUGCCGCUUUUUUGUGACCUCACCCUCAAUAAUUCUUCUGACAUAGCAUUCCAACGGGAAAUCUUGCUGAACGUCGCCCUGGAACAUCGACUCCUGUUUUGGCUCUGCGACUGCACCACCAAGUUAGCAAACGGAUCCUUUAACGCCGCGGCACUGAAUUUAUUCGACGUGCUGCACUGGGCUUUCCAGAGGGCCGUCCACAUAAAAACCUGCUGUGACAAGUACUGCGUGCCCUUAUUCGAUUAUUCCGGAAUGAAAUUGGACGAUAAUACGAUCACUAUGAUUUCUUGCGGAAUCGGACAGAUUAGGAGUUUGUGUUCGUUUUAUCAGCACAUUAUUGAUAAACUGGGGGUUCAUGUGGACGGGGAAACUUUGUUGGAAGAGCAGAGGAGUUUGGAGAAUGUUGUCGUUUAUUUUGAGGUUCUUCUCUGGAUGGUGAACAUAGGACUAUUACCAGAGUGCCCUCCGAGCCCCAAUAUAACCCUUAUUACCAGCGCCCCAUAUUUGGUCCAAAACCUGACCGAAUCUUACAACAAUAAGAGGGCGCAACUGAAACUUGCAUGCAAAGAAACCUUUGUCGAACAAGACUGUUUGUUGUUUAUCGAUAACAUGAUCAACUAUAGAGGUUGUGCAGAAGUUUUAAGGCAACAAUGGCAAGAAGAUGGCGGAAGUGGAUUAUACCCUCCUCCGUCUCUACAAUCAGUUUUACGUACGUACCUUUUGGAUGGGGCCGAUUUGGACUUUAAGCACUCUUUGGUCACUUAUGUACUCUUGGAUAUUGCUAAAACUCUUGAUCAAGACGAUAAGAUAAUAAAACUGCUCCUAAAAUUCCCCCAAAUAUUCAACCUAAAAUUGAGCAAAAUGAAGAUCGUUCAGGCUUUCUGGCAUUUAGACCAUGACGAUUACGAAACGGCCACUCAUACAAUUUUGGAUUCAUGCGUUUCGCCUUUGGACCUCCAACAGUGGCACCACUCGGUGAUGAUGAGGUCGUUGCUUAUGCAAGACCACAGCAGUUUGGCUUUGCUGUAUCUCGAUGUAAGGAAACCAACUUUGAACGACAAAAAAGACCUGCUCACCGUACUCAGCCUAUUAAUUUCCAAAAAAAUGCUGGACGAAGCAUUUACAUUCCGGCAACAGUACGAGGGUCCAUCCGAACAUAUUCUCUUAAAUCACAUAUUCGAGGAAUGCAACAAAAAUGGCAUUUUGCAUAAUUUACUGCAUCGGCAAAUGGACGCCGAGGAUGAGAAGGUGUUUUUUGAUUAUUUACAGAGCACCGGAAACGCGCGCUGUCAGGAUUUGCAGAUUUUUUAUUAUUUGCAACGGGCCCGGUUCUUGGAGGCUUUUGAUACUUAUUCUUCCCGGAAACGGAAAUUACCUGAUAGUCAAGGUCUUAUAGGUCAAAAAGAAGCCUCCGCAGCCGAAAACGUCCUGAUCAUGUUCAAAAACCUCUUACCGGACGUCAAUCGAGAUUUAGUCGAAAUGGUGCGUAAAGAGCGUCAAACCCUAUGGAAAGAAGUGCCACGGCCCACCCCCUUAUCAGUUUUUGUCCAUAAUACUCACGAAAAAGUCCGCUAUAAAUCCAGCGUUAUUUUCGCUUCCUUAUCGAAAGCCAAACAGACUUUUAACGACACUUUGGACGAGACUAAAACGGAAAACACGCCCUUCCUCAGGACACCCGCUUUGGCAAAAACGACCCCGAGGAUCGAGAAGACUUUACUGAAAGCGAAAGUGAUCCAGCAAACUGAACAAGGAGACAUCCAGGAUUCCCAAUGCGGUCCGUCGCCGUGUAAAAAACUAAAACUUUCCGGACGUUCGUCGAUGCUCGGCUUAAAUGACUCUCUGUCGGUGAGUAACGUGAGGUCGGGCCUGUUCACUCCCAUAGUGAGGAGGAAGAGACAGUCCAUGGAGCAGGUGGACGUCACCACCAAUUGGCCCCACAGCAUAUUGAAGAGCGCGGGGAAACCUUCGGUGGAGGACACCAAGCUGGAGGAAACGAUGAUGAAUAAUGUGACGGGGGACGUGAGGAGUUGCGUUAGUAAGGCCAUGUUCGAGUUGUCUCCUAGGAAGUCUUUGAGGACUCCAUUUAAAGGCCACGUAAAGUUCGAUGUUAUACGCAACUCCGGCGGCUCCUUGGAAGAGGCGAGCCUUAGAGGCAGCAUGGAAAGCCAAGGGAUGUCUAAGAGCAGCAGCAUGUGCGGAGACGAUUCCGUUUUUUACUCUCCAGAGACCAGCGGAGGCUCCGAGAAGCACGAGGGAGAAUCCAAAAAGUCUUUGGUUAGAGAACAGUUGGAUUUUAGCAAGGAUGAUAGUGAAGUGGUAAAAGAAGAAUCAGUGAGUAAGGGGGCCGAGACUAGCCACACUGACAGUUUAAAGAACUUCCAAAGCCCUAGAGCAAGACGGAGUUAUAAAAGAUCCUACGAAGACAGUCCAACCCCAGUCCGCUCCAGUCCACGUUUAACAAAAAUAACGUCCCAAAACGCCCCCGAGAUUCCACCCUCUACGCAAAUGCGAGGGCGUCGCUCCUUGGUGAGAUCCGUGCUGGAGCAAAACGCCCUUUCCGCCCUCAACGAAGAAAAACGGCAUGUCCCUUUAAACAUUUCCGGCUUUUCAUCCUUUUCCUCCGUUAAUUCCUCGCUGCCCGACUUGGACUCUAGCUCGGACUCUUCUUGGCAAAACUUGUACAAUAAAUGUUUGGCGGAAAUAGAUGGGAGAACCGAAGAAAUUUCGGUGGUCACCACCAGGAGGGAGAGCCUUAAGACUGGGGAUUUGGUGACUUCUAAAGAAAUCGUUCAGAAAUUAGAGUCGAAAACUGUAGAAAUUAUUGAUGAGCGUAGCGAUGAAAAAGUAAAAGAAACACCAGAAAAAGAAAAAGAAGAAGAAGAAGAAGAGUUGGUUCUUUAUGAUGAUGUAUCCAGUGGCAGCGAAGAUGUCAGAGAGGUGCUUAAGAACCUGAACAAGACCAACUUGGGUAAAACUUAUGCGGAUUUGACGACUAAGCGGGAAACCGAGGAAAAUUCGACAAACGACGAUAGCGAAUCGGAAUUCAACAAGGCCAAGGUGGAUUUUAUUGAAAUCGAAUCGAGCAGUGAGGAAGAUAAAAUGGAAACUCAUUCAAGUUCGCCUAGUCUCCAGUACGACCUGUCUAGCGAGCAAAAUUCGCAAUCUUAUGAUUCGAGUACAAGUAAGGAUUGUGCAAGUCUUCAAGCAUCAGAAUGCAAUAGAAACUCUCCUCCUAUAGACGAAGACGAAAGCACUCAAGAGGUACCAAAAUUUGAUGAAGAAGUACCCGUACACCAAGAUGAAGAUACUCGGGAAGCACUGAAACAUCCUGAACAAGAACCCUCACCAAAUCAAGAAGAAAAUACCCAGGAGAUACCUCAAAAUCCCGAGAAUGUUCCUUCGGAAAUUCUAGAUAGUGAUGAUGAAUACAUGGACGAGCUGGUGCUACAUCAAGACGAAGAGCUGCCGGAAGAUAUAUUGGAAGAUCCUUUAAAUUCUCAAUCGAUCAGUGUACAAUGCACUUCACACCCUAACAGUGUAAUGAGUGAAGAAUCUACUGGUGCAGCAGUUGAAACCAGAUCGAUUGCCUUACAAUGUACCUUAGCAGCCCAAAAAUCUGAAGAGGAUUUGAUAGACAAACAGUCAGAAGGUUCGGAUAACGAGACUCUUAAGACGCAAAGUGAAGAAGAUGAUAUAAGUCCCCCUAGAUCACCGAAAGUUGUUGCUACGUCUCCAGACAAGACUAUUAUAUUGAGGUCUGUCAAGAAGACUUAUAAAGGUCCCAAAGCUAAAUCAGAUCCCGACGCCACCCCGAAAGUAGCCUUAGACAAAAUAAAACGCACUUACUCGAGAACCAGAAAAACCCUCGAGAAGGCGCCUAACGGGGACGAUAACCAAAAUAAGUCAGAAGAGACUGAAGAAGCAGAGACAGUUACGAAACCCAUGAGACUUCGGCGCACUUCUAGGAGACUAAGCGAGAUGGAAGCCGAGGAAAAAGACAUAGAAGAACCUCAACCAGGCCCCAGCGGUAGAAUUUCCACAUUAAGACGCUCCUCAAGCUCAAAAGAAAUCGUCGAAACCAAAGCAGUGUCUGCCGUAAAACCGAUUCGAAGGACCAGGAGCGCCAGCGUGGAUCAACCGCCUCCGAGAGCUUCACUUGGCAAAAAAAGAUUCACCAGGAGUAAAAGUAUAGAUUUAGACGAAUCGGUGACGGGCAGCUCCCUUAAGACCCCUUUGCCUCCUAUAGAAGAACAACCAGGAACAUCCACAGGUAAUAGGCCGAGGAGCAGUUUGGGUGAGUACACGACUUCCAGGAGAUUGACCAGGAAGCAAGCGAGCAUGUUGAAAACUAUAAAUCAAGUCGAGGAGGAGACUGAGAACUUACUGGAAGCAAGUGACUCAGUAGAGACAGGAUUUGAACGAAAAAAACUGAGACCCAGAAAACAAUCUUUCGAUUCCGUAUCGGUAACAUCUGAACAAAGUAUCGACUCGACUCCUCCGAAACGAUCGAAGACUGACCAAGAGGCGGAAAGUAAACCGAGAGGCAAACGGGCCAGGAGUGCCUCAAUCAGUUCAGUAAAGUCGAACACUUCGGUAUCUUCUGCGAGGAGUUCCACCAGGAGUAGGCGACUGGCAGAGAUCCAGGAGGAAAAGGGCAGCAACGAGGGACAAUCUUCAGAUUCUUCUGCAAAAAAAGGAAAGCACAAAGGAAAGAAAUGAUUAAGUUUUAAGUUCCAAAUGUUAGUUACUGGUUUGUUUUUUUUUAUCAAUGUAAAAAUAAACUAUCGUUAUUUAUAAA